AUGAAUUUAAUUAAUAAAAACAAGGAACAAACUAUUUUAUGCAAAAAAUAAAAGGCAUUCCAAGAAAUACUUUAACAAAAACAAAAUUUAAUCAACUUGAAUGCCAUUUUUUUAAGAUGUUCAGUAUAAUACAAGGAAAAGAUACUCUGA